AAAAAAACAAGACAAGAGUGGUGAGUCCAUUAUGGUGAGCACAAGUUCCCUACCAAUGGCGAAUUUUGAUUUGAUUAAAAGAAUAUGCGGCAAGUGAAUGCAGAAGAUUCGUAGCACAUGCGCAUCUUUCUCCUCUUAUUCUGUGUCUUUUGCUCUUAAAUUCCAACAAAAGCUCUCAUAACUGAAACUCAACCACCUUUCUUCUGCUCUCUCAUAUUCUUUUUUCUUAAUUAACUUCCAUUUCAGCUCAACCAGUAGAUUGAGCAGAACACUACUUGCUUCUGUCAGACUGCUUUCGACCGACGCCAGCAAGGUGUUGCUGGCAGUCAAAAGUAUUAGAUUUGUAGCUGGGGCUAAUGAAUCCGCAGAGCACAUCCCAGAAUAGUAGAGCCCUAGAUGGUCUGCAUGGAGUGCAUGUGGUACCUCAUUCACCUUUUUCCCAUCAAGAGAUGAAUCAAAAUGGAGAGUUCGACUCUAAAAGUUCUGCUCUAGGAGCGAGUCAAUUUCUGUUGAUGCAACGGGUGUGGCAGCAAAGACCAGCAUGCUUGAGGCCUGUUCACUGUUGUAUUCAAGGUGAUCAGAAUCUAUUGGAAAGAUUCGCCAAUGUGAUAACAUCACUUCCAUUUAUUGCUCUUGGAAUUUACGCCCCAAGGAAGAAUCUGAAUACUAGACUGUAUGCUAAUUCAUUAAUUGGAGUUGGGGUAGCUUCAAGUGUGUAUCACUCUUCAAAGGGAAGACUGAGGAAGUAUUUCAGAUGGGCUGACUAUACAAUGAUUGCCACAGCAACAGUGUGUCUCUCAAGGGCCCUCAGAGAUGAAAACCCAAAGAUGCUCAUGGCAGCAUCUGCAGUGUUGCUACCUAUCCAACCACUGAUGGUUUCAGCUGUCCACACUGGAAUGAUGGAGGUAGCAUUUGCAAAAAGAGCACUGAAAGAUCCAAACCUGAGGAUGGCACACACCGUGCAUAAGCUAUCGUCACUAUUGGGAGGUGCUUUUUUCAUUGCAGAAGAUGUCUUUCCCAAGACUCCCUUCCUUCAUGCUGCCUGGCAUCUGGCUGCAGCUGUUGGAGUAGGAACUUGUAACAAGCUUCUGGAGUAAUGUAUAUAUCUUGCAUCAAUCCCGUAUUAUUCAUUUAUUCGCGGAGAAAUUAGAGCUGCAGCUUAUGUGUAAAGACCUACAUGGCUUUGAUUUCCUCGCACAAUACCAUUGUUGAGUCUCAAUAUAAUGUAGAACUCAUGUACAGUUCAAUGAUUCAACCAUUGUUCUCCAUAUAAUGGAUCAGCACUCAAUGUACAGUACAAUGAUUCAACCA